GGACUGAUAAAUACAUAUAGGCUUACUUAAAGAUAGCUUUUUGUAGUUAUUUCAAAAUUGUAGUUUAAAGUUCAUCAUCUUACUAAAUAUUAUAGUUGAUAUUUUUUAAAACCCAAACUCCCUGCUUAUCGACCUUCUGUUUGACAUAAGAUUGAGACCUAUUGAAACUGAUAAUAAUUGAUUUUGUGUUAUUAUAUGUACAGGAUUAGGAAGGCUACAUUUUAUUUGUUAUUCUUGUAAUUUAUAAUACUCAUCAGUUAGUGUUUUUGUUUUUAACCUUACUACCAGUAAAAUAUAACGUAAGUUAUCGAUAACACAUAUGAAAGUUUUUAAAACUUUGCAAGAAUUUAAACUUGAAAAGUUUCAAUUAGUCAAUUUUUCUAUAAAUAGCAGUACGUACAUGGUAGUGAAAGUAAUGUAGUUCGAUACGUCAACGCUACUAAAAAUAUAUCAUUUGAUGUCAGUAUUUCAAAUAUUGAUACUCGUCUUAGAUAGAGCAUAGAGAGAAGCGUUAAUUAUUUAUAUGACUAUAUAUCUCGAUGUUAUUGUUAUCUCAUCACCGGUCAAUAUAGGCAGACGGUUGACGGUGUGAUAUUUUAAUCAAUCUCAAACUAGAAUUGUGUUUAUCUAAAGGUUAAAUAGGCGAGGUGAUUUUCAGUGCUAACUGCAGGAAAAAAAUAAAAUAAAAAAAAAUGAAAUAAAAAAUACGCAACAAAACAAAAGUGUAAAAAUUAUAUCGUUCGUAUUCGUAACAAUCAACAAUAGAUUGUUUAUGUAGUGUUUGUGUUUGUUAGGAAUUUUGAAUAGAUUGUCAUUAUCGCCUCAUAGUUGAAUUUUCGAACGGAACAGUAGCCCAGCGCACCACCGUCUCACCACCUUCUUCUGCUCUGUGAUCUACGAUCUCAUUAUCUCUUAUUACUGUUUACUGGUCUCAUUAAAGAUGUUGGAAGCGGAUACAUCUAAUUCAUCACAGGCCCUUGACACGACACGAUAUGCCCUCGAAGCCAUUCGUCUACUUAACGAAGGAGAACCUCACAGUGCUCUCCACUUCCUCAAUUUGUGUCUGGACAGGAAUCAUCGAGAAAGUGCAAGUCGGAAAGAUCAAAAUGGAAACGGCAGCCCUGUAAAAGAGGCCACUGCGGCCGAUGGUAUUUCUCCAGCCGACGAAGUCAGUCUUUUAGAAAAACGUUGUUUAAUUCACAUGAAGCUCCAUCACUUUGACGAAGUUGUAAACGAUGCUCGGAGGAUUUUGGAUAAAAGGACGGAUUAUUCCUUGGCAUACAAAUGUCUUUUGGUAGCUUUGUGUAAAACUAGCAGGCUCGAACAAGUAACUGAAAUUCUCAAAUUGUGGAGAACUUGUUCCCCACAAGACCUGGAUAUGAUGGAAUGCCGGACGAAACUAGAAGCGCUUAUUAAUGCUGUGAAAAAUGGAAUAGAAGCUUCAGACGCUUUCAGUAAUAUUGAAGAUCAACUUGGUUUAAGCUACGAUUGGUUGUUGGCCCGUAAACUUCAAGAUCCACAAUGGAGAUAUCGACCUCUUCCACCUGGCAAAACUUCACUUACUCUGUGUUUACCAUUUCGGUUUGGCCAUUGUUCAUUAGGUGCAAAAUGUCCGGAUGCGCAUGGAGCUGAUGAGCUUGAAGAGUGGAAAAAUCGGAACACAUUAAAGACCGUGUCAUUGCUUUUGGAUACUAUCAAGUUGGACAGUGGCGAGAGAUAUAUUCGAAGGAUACUGGAUCGUUUGGAAGAAGCCACUAAUCAAUGUACUAUUGUGUCAGACGUCAUACCAGAUUAUAUGAAAAUUCGAUGUUCAAAACCAUUGGAAGCCGUUGUUUCAACAACAGAAAAUACGAAGGUAUACCAGUGGACAUUUGCAGUAGAAACCAAAAAGCCACUAACGAAUCUCUGUCUCUUGGAAGACCUACAUAGAGACUAUUUUUUCAUAAGCAUGGCAGUUAUUUAUGGCGCCACCAAGAAAAUUAACUUGAUCAACGAAUCUGCAAAAGACGUUGAGACUCAAAUUGUGGAAGUUUCAAGUCCAACUGCUCUCGCUUUAUCAGGAAAAAAAAAUUAUUUCACGUACAAAGUUGAUGUCAAAUUCAAAUCCAACAUUUACGGAACAUUCCGUCAAACCGUCAUUUUUGAUGUUGGGGAUGAACCAAAAGUAAUUAAGAAGUUAGCCGUGAAUGUUGUUCCUCCUCCGGAUGAUGCAACUGAAAUCAAUGGAGAUGUGGAAACGAUUUGUUCCAGCCCGACAUUCGACGAAUAUUCAAGUUUUCAAAUUGGGGGAACAUGGAAUUUUGGAAAUGCCGACAUUGUCGAUGGGUUUACCGGAGAUAAAGUUGCAGAAACGAAACUUGGAUUUGCGUUAAUUAACGGCGUUAAGCCAGAAGGUUUACCAUCGACUCUCUCUGAACCAUUAAAUAAGGGUCAAUACAAGGAAAUAAUGCGGUAUUUUCUGACACAAGAGGAACGGUCAAGACAAGAAAUUUUAGCAAAAUAUAAUCUAACGGCACCUUUAAAUUUAACGGAAAGUUAUUUGAUGACAUCCGGUCACAAUGAUGGAAUGACACGGUACUCGGUGGAUAAAUCACUUUAUGGUCGAAUGACUUUAUUCCGGGACGUAUCAGAAGAUACCGCAGUUGGUCGUCUUAUUCUACGAAGCUGUAACUAUCUGCUGAUGACAAGAAGUGACGAAGUUAAAAAGUCUUCAGAAAGCGGUCUUAAGCCAAAAGUAUAUCUUUGCCCAAUCUCUGACAAAACUAAAAAUAACAUUUAUAUUGAUGUCGGCACAACAUGCGUGAGGGAGCUGAAUUUGAAGAAUGCGGACGUUGUAAUGUUUGACAUCCAGUUUCAGCUCGAUAGAACCGCGUUUAUGGAGAUGAAAUCUGUCAUUGAUCAGCUUAAAGAUUUUCACUUGGACAUGUUAUUCCCUAAUUUUGGAAUGCAUCAUCAUAUCCCUUGGAGUCCGAUAAAGCAAUGGGGGGACGAAAUUAUCGAUGCUAAAGUGAAAUUGAACCCACGUCAAAAAGAGUCAUUAAUAGCGAUUACUUCAGAAGCCCCUAGAAUUCCUCCAAUUUUGGUGAUCGGUCCUUUUGGAACAGGAAAAACAUUUACUUUGGCACAAUGUAUUCACAAACUGUUAUUACAACCUAACAUUCGCAUCAUGGUCUGCACCCAUUCGAAUAGUGCUGCAGAUUUAUAUAUCAAAGAAUAUCUUGAUCCGUGGGUCCAAGAAGGAUUUACUGCGGCAAAACCGCUUCGCAUAUAUUACCACCUUAGGAACUUGAACUCUGUACAUCCAGACGUUAUACAGUACUGUAUCAUAGAAAAUUUAAGAUUUCGCCCUCCAAAAUUAGAAGAAAUUUUGGCUCACAAAGUGAUAGUUGUGACAUUAAGUACGUCGUACAUUCUGAUGCAGAUGAAUCUUCCAAAAGACACAUUCAGUCAUAUUUUGUUGGAUGAAGCCGCCCAAGCAAUGGAGAGUGAAGCUAUUACACCGUUAAUGUGUGCAGGAGAAGAUACGACAUUAGUUUUAGCUGGGGAUCACAUGCAGUUAAGCCCGGAAUUGUUUUCAGAAGAAGCAAAAAGCUUGCACCCUUCAUUGCUUGAACGGUUACACAAUUAUUACCCGGAUGGCCAUCCAUGCAAAUUAAUGCUCUGUGAAAACUAUCGUUCUCAUUCAUCUAUAAUUGAUUACGUGUCAGACGAGUUUUACAACAAACGUCUCCAGUGUUCAAUGGUUCAACCUGUUCAUGAUAAAUUUUAUCCGUUGACAUUUUUUUCUGCGAGAGGGGAAGAAGUCCAAGAAAAGGAUAGCACAUCGUACUACAACAUGGCUGAAGUGUUUGAAGUUGUAGACAAAGUAUCUAAACUUGUUUCAUCGUGGCCUGAAAGUUGGGGAAGUUAUCGACAUGAAAGCGCUAUUGGUGUUUUGACGCCAUAUUCUGAUCAGGUGUCUCGAAUACGACAUGCACUCAGGAAGAAGGGACUUUACAGUGUCUCAGUUGAGAGGGUUUUAAAUGUGCAGGGAAAACAAUUUCGAGCUGUGUUUCUAUCAACUGUUCGAAGUUUCCGACCAUGGGUCAAGAUAUUACCUGAAGCAAUUGGUAAUGAGGUGGACUUGGGCUUCUUUUCUAAUCCAAAGCUAUUCAAUACUGCUCUUACAAGGGCGCAAAGUCUUGUUGCUGUUGUUGGUGAUCCAGUUUCUUUAUGCUCGGAAGGAAAAUGCAGAAACUUAUGGAAGGAUUUCAUCAACGUUUGCCAAAAAAACAAGUCGCUUUAUGGAAUAUCUUACACGCAGUUGGAGCAAAGCAUCCUUGGUCUCGAAAUGCGAGUAACUUGGGGAUUAAACCCUUUAGCAGAUGUUUUUGAACCAAAAGCACUACCUGUAGAUUAUUUGACUAAUUCUGCUGGUGUUCGAUCAAAUUUCAAAGGGUUUCAGCCAACACCGUCAGUCACAUCUCACCAUAGUCCUAUGAUCGCCACUCCUAUUUCUUCAAACAACCCUGUCCAGCAAUUUAACACUGCAAUCAUACCAGGAGGUGCUUUCACAUCUCCCAACUCUGCAAAGCAUCUUACAACAGUGGCAUCCCAGCACCACCACAGACCAAUUUCUCCUGGAAAUACCGGAUUCAAUCCGAGUGGUCCCAAUAAUCUAUCCUCAAUGACGUGGACACCACAAAGUCAUGGUCCCAUUCCUGGGAUUAUUCCACAGAGUACCAUGGUUCCCCCUGGCCUGGGCCAACCAUCCCUGCAUCAUGCACCAUAUAUGGGGUAUCCACCCUUGUUUCCGCCUGUACCUCCUCAUGUUAUUUUUCCUCCUCAAAUGGGUGGAUAUCCUGGUGGACGACCACCUCCACCUGUAUUGCCACCAAACGCACAUCUACCCAGAGGAUUGGUCCUUCCACAUCAACCACCAGCUCCGCCGGCACAUCUAAGAAUGCCCAUUCCUAGAAAUUUUUCUAGGUUUCCUAACGCCGACGUCUUGCAUCCACCUCAUCUAUCAUCACCGCACCAUCUACCACAGAAUUUAAUACCACCCAAUCGACCGAAUUUUCCUCCUCCAAUUUCCACACCACAACAUUUUGAUGCAACACCUUCAUUAACUGGCCUAAUGAACAUUAAAACUCCAAACGAAGAUCAGCGGAAUCAAUCUCGUUUCCCAUCAUCAUCAAAUAAUUCAACAUCAUCACAGCACCAUAUACAACCCUAUCGUCAACAACCACCUCAACCUCAAUCAUCAUUAACCCAAGAGCAAUAUAUGGCCGGGAUGUCUCUGUUCCGCAAUAAAUCUCCACAACAGCAAGUGAUCGCUGAAGCACAACAACAACAACAGCAACAAAUGGGGCUUCAUCCUCGGGUUUCUGCGUCAACAGUUUCUGCCCCACAACAGUCCACAUCACUUUCCAGUUCGCUUAAUUUUAACGAUGGAGGUAUUGCACAUUUACCACUUGCGGAUCUGUUGCACUUGCAACAAAUGUUGGAAAGGUUUUCUAUGACAAACGGUCCAACAGAAGAAAUUCGUAACUUGAUCAUCAAAGUUCAAGAAGCUAUCCGCGUAGCUCGAUGUGGUGCGCCUCGUCAAGAAACUCAAGAACAUCGUGAAAUGCAUAAUAAUAUUGUUCCUGCUAAUAAAAAUAUUUGGAAUGCAGCAGACGUCUCAGUUACAGUGCAUCUAAACUCUUCCAGAAUUGCCUCAAUUGCGCAGCAGCUAAGCGAAGUACAAAUCGCUGAAGCAGCCGAAAAUAUCUGGGCAAAUUUAGGGUUUUCUGAUGGAUUAUCAUCGUCUGUAACUCCUUUAGACCAAAGUCUUCAUCAGCAAACUCAGCCCCAGCAAAAUAGAAGACUUAAUAAUGCUUCCCCACUGACAUUGGAACCACUAUUAUUACCAUCCUCCUCCUCCAUGUACGCCCGUACCGGAUCGGAAAAUCAAUCCAGAACCUUUGAUUGUGGGAUUUCUAACAAUACUUGGAAUACUAAUUCUGCAAUGGCUCCAUCAUUCGGAUCUCUUCUAUCAACCCAAUUAAGCAGCUCUAACGAUAAUUAUAACCACUCAAGUUGUAGACAAGAAGAAGAUUUUGCGGAAUUCGCAACAGGCGGAGCAUCAGGACGAAGUUAUGCGAAUGUUGCAAGGUGUGCUGUUGUGACCCCUAAUCACCAUUCUGGAGUGAAUUCUGGCCCGUGUCCUCCUCACCUCUACAACAAUGACCAAGGUGGCGGUACAGGUGUUCCGCCAUACCAGUUCUUUAAUGUUCAACCACAGAAUAAUGAUGGGCAUGUCGUCGCUCAUCAACAGCAACAACAGCAAACAAUGAUUUCGCAAAACUCUGUUCAGCAACUUCAAAGACAUGCGAGACAGCAACAAUGAGGCUGCCUGUCACCAUUUCUCUACAUAUUAUUAACUCAUAUUUCCGUUGUUAUUGUUUAUCUACGAACUCUAUCAUUAUUAUCUUUGUUACUAUUUCUAAAAAUAAUAUAGCCAUAAAAAUAUGGCAGCAAAAAUACGAAUUAUAUUAUUGAUAUGAAAAUAUCUUAAAGUCAAUUAAAACUAAAAAAAACUGACUCGAAUUAGAGGUUGUAGCUUGUAGUAGACGAAACUUUAAAUUAUAUGUGCAAUCCCUCGUGCAAGGUUUUUUGUGCCCUGUUCAUCUUUAUAGGGUUUUUCCCUUGCACUGUGACCAAAACGACGCCAAAGGUGUCGCACGGUGGCAAGUGAAUACUGAGGGAUUAUAUAUAUUAAAAUGAACUUAAAAAAAAUUAUAAAACUAUUUAAAAUUGAAUAAAACUCAUUCUAAUGAAUA